AUGGAGCAACUUUCGAAUGCCAUUUCCAGGCGGAGCUCUUUGUCGGUGAUUCUUUGCUCUUGGUGUUUGGUUUCGGUGUUUUCCCUGUUGAUAGUUCCAUCAGUAGAGGCCGUUGAAAAGUUGUGCUAUGAAGAGGAAAAAGUGCCUAAGUUGAUGGAAAAUAAAAGCCAACUCAUUAGGUACGGCGAAGGAACGUACUACUGCAUGUUUAGCGAGUAUUCAAUGCGCAUUCCAAUCAUGGUGGAUGAUUUAAGUUGUUCGAUAGGUUACGAUGUGCGCAAGAAAAGAACCUGUUGCGAAGGUUACCAUGCAGUCGGGGAAGAGUGUUUGCCAUCGUGUCGGUUGAAGUGCAUCUUUGGAGAGUGUGUUGCACCUGAUACGUGUGAUUGUUACAGUGGCUAUAAGAAAGUUAACGACCACCGCUGCGAACCAAUUUGUGAAGUAGUUUGUGAAAACGGUCAAUGUGUUGCCCCGAAUGUGUGCCUUUGCGAUGCGGGCUUCGAGCGAGAUGUAGCUAGUGGAUCAUGUCGCCGGAAGUGUGAUCGUACGUGUCGAUUCGGUCGAUGUAUCGAUGAUGUCUGCGAGUGUGACGAGGGCUACCGGCCGGAUCCUAACGAUGGAAACGGUUGCGUUGCACACUGUACGGAAAAGUGUCAGCAUGGCGUUUGCGUGCUUCCCAAUCUGUGUCAGUGUGAGGCAGGAUUCACACUUUCAACGCAAUCAAAUUUCACCUGUGAACCGGUCUGUCCUGAAGGAUGUGCCAAUGGGAACUGUAUCCGACCGCAUCAGUGUGCGUGCCAUGAAGGAUAUGAGCUAGACGAUAGCAAUCGCUGCGUGCCGGUGUGUUUAAAAUCUUGCCAGGGUGGUCAAUGUAUUGCACCAGGAAAAUGUAGCUGUGGCGAAGGAUAUAGUCCAUCAGAGAACGAUGAGUCGGUCUGCAUUCCAAGCUGUUCCGAAUCUUGCAUCAAUGGAGACUGCGUGGCGCCAAACACUUGUCUAUGCCAUAGGAACUUUCGUCCACAGGAUGACAAAUCGUCUAACGUUUGCGUUCCUGAAUGUCGCAACGGAUGUGUGAACGGGUUGUGUACCGGGGCUGGAGUUUGUGAAUGUGCCGAAGGGUUUCUGUACAACGAAAUGAUUGGUUUUUGUGAACCAUUCUGUAACCAGCCCUGUGAUAAUGGUGUCUGUAUCGGCGGGAAUCAAUGCCAAUGUCGGGAAGGUUAUCAGUUGGAUCUGAAGAUGGUCAGCAAAUGUGUGCCACAGUGUUCGAAACCAUGUGUGCAUGGAAUUUGCGUAGCCCCGGAUGUUUGUGAUUGUAAAAAAGGCUACGUCAAGAGUGAAAAUAGCAGGAAUGUCUGUGAACCGAAAUGCUCGAAAGGUUGCUCCAAUGGACGAUGCGUUGCGCCGGAUCACUGUGAAUGCCUUAGAGGUUAUAUUGCAACUACAAGCUCAAUAAAUUCAAAAUCUUCGAUAUGUACGCCAUACUGCAAGAACAAAUGUGUCAACGCUUACUGCAUCCGGCCGAACGUGUGUCAAUGUCUGGCCGGGCAUCGUUUUGUAGAGAACAGUACGAGUGUAUGCGAACCGAUCUGCGAGGAUAGCUUGGUGGACUGCACUAAUGGUCGCUGUACGCAACCCAACGUUUGUGAGUGUAACGAGGGUUACACACUUGCCAUCCGCAAUGGUCGAAUGUUGUGCGAACCGGUAACUUGCCGGGAACAGUGCGUCAACGGUUACUGUGUCGAGGAGGGCCGUUGCGAAUGCCAUCCGGGAUAUCGUCCCUCGCAACAAUUUCAUGCGAUUUGUGAACCUACUUGCGAGGAUGGUUGUGAGAAUGGAGCCUGUAUAGCACCGAACACCUGUGUGUGUAAUGCGGGAUUCGUACGACCUCCUGGAGCUGAUCGUUGCGAGGCAAGCUGUGAUCCGAAUGUGGUGGACUGCUAUAACGGAGUUUGUCUCGGUUCGAAUCAAUGCCAGUGUCUGGAGGGGUACUAUUUGCGCGUUCCAUUGAACGGUAGAGCAGCUGAAUGUGCACCGGUAUGUAGCAAUGGAUGUGCUAAUGGACGCUGUCUAGCACCGAACGAGUGUCUGUGCAACGAUGGUUACGAGUAUCAGGAAGAAUCCGACCAAUGUGAGCCUGUCUGCGCGCCUGGUUGUGUGAAUGGAAUUUGCAUUGCACCUAAUGUAUGCCAAUGUCUGGAAGGAUAUACCCCAUUAGAAGACCCUGCGUCAUUGGAAGAGUCACGUUUUGAGUGUACCCCAUACUGCGAUCCGAUCGUAAUGAAUUGCACUUUCGGCAUCUGUGGUGGUCCUAAUUCUUGUCGAUGCUUUGACGAUUUCUACUCCACCACUGAUUCGCUUGGUAGACAAACGUGCGAACUCGUCCCAGAACCGGUCGAAUGUGGUAAGGACGUCAUCAUCUAUGAGGUGGAAAAUGGAAAUGGAUGUGUCUGUGAGGAGCCAAAAGAUUGCCCUUCUUUGAGCUGUCCCGAGAUCAAGUCUUCCGUUUGUAAUGUAACGUGUCCUGCAUCUCCGUCACCUCCAACUCAAUGUCCAAAAGUUGCAUGUCCCACGGUUCCUCCAUCCAAACAAACUACUAAACCACCAGAAGUCUUUCCGGUAACUUGCCCACCGAUUCCGUCCUGCCCGGUUGCGGUAUGCCCAACUGAAGCACCGCAGGAAUGUCCAACGACCCCAGCUCCUGAACCUAUCUGUAAUGAACUGUACGUGCAGUGUGUGAACGGUGAUUGCGUCGAAAAUAAUGUUUGCGCUUGCCACGAAGGCUACCAGUUGGCAAUUGGUCCUGAAUCGAUAGUGUACUGUCAGCCUGCGUGUAGUGGUGACCUCACCAACGGUAUCUGCACCGCACCGGAUGUAUGGGUCUGUCUACCCGGAUUCGUCGAAACUUUUGACGGUCAAUGUGAACCGUACUGCGAGGAACCUUGCGGGAAGGGAUCGUAUUGUGCGCAGCCCAACGUUUGCGUAUGUCAGAAAGGAUUGAUCGCCGAUGGGAAUGGCAACUGUGAACAUCCAUGCCUGCCAGUAUGUGUAAAUGGAGAGUGCAUUGAAGGACGAUGCUUCUGUGAGCCGGGAACCGUACUUCGGCAUGGACACGUGUGCAUUGAGGCACAGGCGGAAGUAGAGGAUGUUUUCAUUCGAAGCCGCUUUGCUGAUCAAGAUGAUGACGAUGAGGAGGAGGAAGAAGAUGAUGAUGACGAACGGGAGGAGGGUAUCGAAGAACCUUUGAACUGUCCGGAUGGAUUCCGAUCGGUACCGGCAACAGGUGAAUGUAUCUGCGACUCUGGAACUAUUGCUGCGGAUGGCACGUGUAUCCGUAUGAGCACGAUUAAUGAGGUGAAACUGCUUGAUCUGGCCAUGCAGCGGAUGGUAGUGGAACGGGAACAGAUAGCCGAGCCAACCAACGAAAGCAUCACACAGCCAGCAUCAAUUGAGACGACCGAGUCAAACCUUCUAUCAGCAAUUGAUAGUGAUCAGUGGAUCAUUAUAGCAGCAAUCAUCUGUGCAACAAUUUUGAUCGUUACCGCGUUCGUUUUGGUAUGGAAGUACUGCACAAAGCGAAACUCGAUCGAAACAGACAUACAUUAG